AUGGCUUCUCCUGCCCAGUCCACCGGCUCGACCAAGGUCGAUGCCGUCGUCCAGCAAGCUAAGGCUGCUGCCCCGACUCAGCUCAGCGGCCUUGCCCUCUACUCCAGAUUCGCCCUUGCUGGCGCCGUCUGCUGUUCAGUCACCCACGGUGCUCUCACCCCCGUCGAUGUCGUCAAGACCAGAAUCCAGCUCGAGCCUGCCACCUACAACAAGGGCAUGAUUGGCGGUUUCCGACAGGUCAUCCAGAACGAGGGUGCUGGUGCGCUGCUCACCGGUUUUGGUCCGACCGCGGCCGGUUACUUCCUCCAGGGCGCCUUCAAGUUCGGUGGUUAUGAGUUCUUCAAGCAGCAGUCGAUCAACCUGAUCGGCUACGAGAACGCCGCCAACUACAGGACCGGUGUCUACCUGGUCUCCUCUGCUCUCGGCGAGUUCUUCGCCGAUAUUGCCCUGUGCCCCCUCGAGGCCACCCGUAUCCGUCUCGUCGCUGAGCCUACCUAUGCCAGCGGUCUCAUCGGCGGCUUCGGCAAGAUCCUCAAGAACGAGGGUGUUGGUGCUUUCUACGCUGGUUUCGGACCCAUCCUGUUCAAGCAGGUUCCUUACACCAUGACCAAGUUCGUCGUGUACGAGAAGGUCGCCGAGGCUAUCUACCGCAGCUUCCCCAAGAAGGACAUGUCCGACGGCAUGCAGACCGUUGUCAACCUGGGCUCUGGUCUCGCCGCCGGUUUCGCCGCCGCCAUCGUCUCCCAGCCCGCCGACACCAUGCUGUCCAAGAUCAACAAGACCAAGGGUCUGCCCGGUGAGGGCACUGCCACCCGUCUGGUCAAGAUCGGAAAGGAGCUUGGUAUCCGUGGCUCCUUCACCGGCAUCGGUGCCCGUCUGUUCAUGGUUGGUACUUUGACCGCCUUCCAGUUCGCCAUCUACGGUGACUUGAAGAAGGCGCUCGGCGCGACUGGCGGUGUGGAAAUCGCCAAAUAA